CACAUCUAGUUCCCUUUGUCUUGAAAAGUUAGGGGUACUUCACAAACCACCAUUUAUUAAUGUUGUAAGAGAACCAUCCACUAGAUCUCCCCUGGAUUUAGCAAAAAAAGAACAACACUGGCGCCCUAAGUUUUCAAUGUACAUAAGUUGCUGAGGUAAUAUACAAAUAGCAGCAGACAUUUGCAGGUGAGUACACUUGCAUUGAUGGGAUUUUCAGUUUCUGGCUCAUAACUAGCCCGAGAGUUCAUGAAGCAACAGCAUUUCUCACUUCAUUGAGCUUUCUCUCCCCUUUUCAGCCUGCAUUUAAACUAACUGGUCUUGUUGUUAAUUUGAUCUUCUUACGUUGGAUUGAACCGGAAGUGUAUGUGUAUAGCCAUGGACAGGAACUAUCUGCAGAAAAGUACCACUGUUAAAGACAAAUGGGAGUGGAACAACGUGAUCUUUGAAGGAGAACAUUCAACUGGUAUUUCAUGGCCGAAAAGAAAUUACACAUGCAGCUUUUGCAAGAGAGAAUUCAGCUCAGCUCAAGCACUAGGGGGACAUAUGAAUGUUCACAGGAGAGAUAGAGCCAGGCUAAAACAGCUACCUUCUUGGUUUUUUGAAUAUCCAAAACCUUCCAUGUCUAACCCUAAACCUUUACCUUAUCCCUCAUCCAAGUUCUCACCAUACCCUGAUCACACUCAUGAUCAUUCCUUGCUCUCUCCAUUCCUCGCUUCUUUCUCUUCACCUUCUUACCCAGAAAAGAAAUCCAUAGUUGAAUGUCCUCAGAGUAUAAAUUCAACAAGGAAGAUAAGCGAUAUGAGAGCUGUGGUUGGUGUUGGAGAAUUGAAGAAGAAUUUCGUACAAGAUGGUGAUCAGCUUAAAGUUUCGAGGACAAGUGGGAUUAUUAGCUUGGACUUGGAAAUGAGAUGUGAAGAUCCGAAGGAGGUUUUGGAUUUGGAGCUUCGACUUGGCUGUUUUUAGUAAAAAAAAUUGAGUACUGUCCAUUAAUAUCCACUCUGAGUUCACACCAGUUGCUAGAUCUUUGGUUCUGUCUCUAAGCAGCCUGAUCAGCUUGCAUCUGCCAUGCAUGAUCUUUGCCGUCAUCGUAAUCUACCAUACAUUACUAAUGCGCAAUGCUGUUUAUGUAUGGCUUUAAUAUUCAGCUAAGUAUGUUUUUAAUUCUAAACUCAUGAUCAUUAAUUAGUUUGGGGAGGCGUUGUCCUUGUUAAUUAGGUUAGCUGUAACAUAGUCGAAGAUGAAGUUGUUGAGAUACAUCUUUCAUUGUUUACAUAUAAUUCGUAAUUAAGGAAGAUGAAGAGGAAUAUU